AUGGGCGACGCGACGCUGCACGGCCGCAAGGUCUUCAAGGUCUUCAACCAAGACUUCAUCGUCGACGAACGCUACACGGUCACGAAAGAGGUGGGCCAGGGCGCGUAUGGCAUUGUCUGCGCCGCGACCAACAACCAGACGGGAGAAGGCGUGGCCAUCAAGAAGCUCACCAAUGUCUUCAGCAAGAAGAUCCUCGCCAAGCGUGCGCUGCGUGAGCUGAAGCUGCUUACACACUUCCGCGGGCAUAGGAACAUCACCUGCCUGUACGACAUGGACAUUCCCCGCCCUGCUGAAACCUUCAACGAGACGUACUUGUAUGAGGAACUGAUGGAGUGCGAUCUUGCGGCCAUCAUUCGCUCCGGCCAGCCCCUCACCGACGCCCACUUCCAGUCCUUCAUCUAUCAGAUCCUGUGCGGCCUGAAGUACAUCCACAGCGCCAAUGUCCUGCAUCGUGACCUGAAGCCGGGCAAUCUGCUGGUCAAUGCGGACUGUGAGCUGAAGAUUUGCGACUUUGGUCUAGCGCGAGGCUUCAGCACUGACCCGGACGAGAACGCCGGCUACAUGACCGAAUACGUGGCCACGAGAUGGUACCGAGCGCCGGAGAUUAUGCUGAGUUUCCAGAGCUACACCAAAGCCAUUGAUGUCUGGUCGGUGGGAUGUAUCCUUGCGGAGCUCCUAGGCAGCAAGCCCUUCUUCAAGGGCCGUGACUACGUGGAUCAACUCAAUCAGAUCCUCCACUACCUCGGCACCCCAUCCGAAUCGACACUCUCCCGCAUCGGCUCUCCCCGCGCCCAGGAGUACGUGCGCAACCUGCCAUACAUGGCCAAAGUUCCCUUCCACCAGCUCUUCCCGCGCGCCAACCCCGACGCGCUCGACCUCCUCGACCGCAUGCUCGCCUUCGACCCGAGCCUGCGCAUCGGCGUGGAGGAGGCGCUGGAGCACCGCUACCUGUCCAUCUGGCACGACGCCUCCGACGAGCCCGCGUGCCCCGUGCCCUUUGACUUUGAGUUUGAGCGCGUGGACGAGGUCCCCGAGAUGCGGCGCAUGAUCAUCGACGAGGUCAAGCAGUUCCGCGCGAGCGUGCGCAACCCCAAUCAACUGCAGUACUCCAACCAGGCGCAGACGCCUGCGCAGCAGGUGCCUAUCCCCGAUAGCUAUGAUUCGAGCCAGUACGGGGAGCCGCGGCCGCAGGAGAUGCAGCAGCGGCAGCAGGGACAGGAUUUGGAGAGGGAGUUGCAGGGCGGCUUGGACGCUAUGAGGCACUGA